AUGGUAUGGCAUUUUAAACCCGAAAUGCGCCCAUACAAAUUUACAGGCCAUCGUGCAGCAGUGACUGAUGCUUGUUACUCUCCAACAGGUGAUAUAAUUGCAUCUGCUUCAAAGGACGAAACAGUGCGUCUGUGGCAAAAUAUUCUCUAUUAUAUUAACUUUGACUCAUAAAAUAUCGAUUUUAAAAAAAAUUAAAUUUAAUUAGCAGAGAAUACUGUCAAAAACAAGUCUGUAGUAUUAAAAGCUCAUACUGCAAGUGUAAGAAGCGUCUGCUUUUCAACUGAUGGAUCUUUAUUAUUAACCUCAUCGGACGACAAAUCUCUCAAAGUGUGGACUGUUGAAGACAGAAAAUUCCAAUUUUCCUUGACUGGGCAUUUGAAUUGGGUAAAAGAUGCUCGAUUCAGCCCAGAUUCAAGAAUGGCAGUUUCUGGAGGCGACGACCGCACAGUAAAACUAUGGGAUUUAUCUCAAAAAAUCUGCCUGUCUACAUUUAGUGACCAUACAGGCGGCAUAAAUAAGGUCCGUUUUCACCCAGAUGGCACUUGCAUUGCGAGCGGCAGCUCUGACAGAAAAAUCAAAAUCUGGGAUAUUCGGUCUCAGAGACUUCUCCAGCACUAUGAUGCUCAUGCGGACUCUGUGACUUCUGUAUCAUUCCAUCCUUCUGGGAUGUAUUUACUAUCAAGCUCCAAUGAUUCCACCCUAAAAAUCUGGGAUCUCAGACAAGGGCACAUUCUUUACACCUUAUAUGGCCAUCAAGGUGAAGCGAAUAUUGCUAAUUUUUCAGCUGACGGGGACUAUUUUGCCUCUGGAGGAAUGGACAAAUUAGUCAUGAUAUGGAAAUCAAAUAUAGAAAUUAAUCAAAAAACUGAAAUCGAGCUACCGAAAAAAGCGACGAAAAAAAGCUUUUGGGAGACUGAAAAUAUGAGAAAAAGUGCAGCUAAAGGAGAAAAAGAAUUCACAUUUUCGCCUCAUAAAAGUGAAUCUGGAGAAAUAAAAGAUGAAAGUGUUAAGGCAGAGGCUUCAGAUAAGCAGGAUAAUGGGAAUAAUUUCCCGCUAAUACCAGGGCUACCAAAAGAAGUAGGUAGAACGCUAAUGCAGAUUGAAAAUCAAUUGGAAUUAAUUACUAGAGUUUUGGUGCAAUUGGAAAAGAAAGUCACGAUGUAUGAAGACCAAAUGCUGAUGCUGUCGGCUCAUUUUUCUGAAAAGGAAAGAGGAAGUAUUUCUUCAUAUUAA